AUGUGUAAACUAUUAUGUCCCUUUCAGAAAUACUAUGGCAGCCGACUGGAGUCUUCGUGUGACUUACAGACCAGUGCCACCUCCUGCAGCAUGCCCCUCCGCCCACUGCCUAAAAGCGUUACAGAUGCUCUGAGUCAGGUUCACCCCGAAGUCAUCAAGAGGUUUUUUGGGUGUGGGCUACCAUUUCCAGCCAAGCUGGAAGGCUGCAGCGUUCUGGACCUCGGCAGUGGUACUGGACGGGACUGCUUUGCUUUCAGUAAGCUUAUUGGACCGAGUGGACAUGUGACUGGGAUCGAUAUGACAGAGGAGCUGAUCACAACAUCCCGUCAGUACGUUGAAUAUCAUCAAAUCAAGUUUGGCUACGAGAAACCCAAUGUCACUUUUGUCCAAGGGUACAUAGAGAAACUCACUGAGGCGGGCAUACCACGGGAAUCAAUGGAUGUUGUGAUAUCCAACUGUGUAAUCUGUCUGUGCCCAGACAAGAAAUCAGUGCUACAACAAGCUUACGAUGUCCUAAAGGAAGGAGGGGAGCUUUUCUUCAGUGACAUGUAUGCCAGCUGUGUCAUUCCGGACCACAUGAAGCAGGAUCCUGUCCUGUGGGGUGAGGGAAUGAGUGGCUGUCUGUGUUGGAAAGAUCUCAUCUCUAUGGCCCAUGAUGUCGGCUUCAGCUCUCCGCUCCUCUUCUCAGCGAGUCACAUCGAGGUGCACAACAGCGAGCUCAGAGCAAAAGCAGGGGACAUCGGAUAUGCUUCGGGUACGUACAGGCUCUUUAAGCUGCCCAAACUUCCCGUCAUGCCAGGCGCCACUGUGACCUACAAAGGCACCGUGGCAGAGUUCCCAGAGCAGCUGGACUUCGAUUCCUCCCACUGUUUUAAGGUGCGAAGGCCAGUCACUGCGAAGGGCGAGGCUGUGGAGGUAGAUGGAGAGAUGGCAGCGAUCCUCCAGAACUCCAGAUUCUGUGCUGAUUUCCAGAUCCAGGCGUCAGAUAAACAGGAUUCCAGUUCCAAACCAACACAGUACUGUCACCUCAAUCCGUUUCUGCUGGCUGACAAACGUGGGUCCUCUGUGAAACAGUGCUCCAAAACCGGCAAAUAA